GGAAAAAAAAAUUCUUACGUCUAAUCAAACGACCACUUAACGUAGUACUACUCAUACUUCCUUAGUGCUCCAAAUAAUCUUAUUUAGCAAUAAUUAAAUUAAAAGAUUUUAAAAGUGUAAGCUAGGCAGAGCAGUAAAAUGGCAGUGAAAUCCUGAGUGCCACUGCUGCUGCAACACAAAAGAAAAGGAGAACUAGCAAGAGUUUUUAUUCAUUGGGAACCCAAUUUUUCACACUAUUCUCUCCCUCUCUCUCUCUUUCUUCCUCUGCAUUCAUCGCGUGCACUCUGCUCCCUAACCCAAACAAAAAUUCCUCCCUACAACAGUACUCCGUAAUUACUUUCGCCAUUUUAUUUAAAAUCGGCCAUCUUCACCCUAAGAACCGCAUAUAUCAUCAUACUCGAAGAAGUGAGUAGAGCUAAACAUAAUUAUUUCAUCACCCCUCUUCUGCUUAGUUUAGUAAAAGUUUCUGAAGAAGUUCAGAAGAAAGAAAGAAAGAAAGAAAGAGAAAAGAAAAAGAUGACGACAACUAUCACUUAAUAAACCAGUGGGUUAUUUUCAUAGGAUUUUGCUGUAAAAAGCCUGUUUCUUUUUUGUGUAAGCUUAAAUUCCGGGAGCUCUCUCUGCCCUUUUCUUCUUUUAUUUUUUAUUUUUACCCCAAAUCUUAUUCUUACUCCUUUAUUACUCCCACUAUCAAACAAAAAAACCCACUACUUUAAUUCUUCUUAUAAAUUAAAGAUCAAAUUUUUAUUAUAAAGAUCCAAUUUUUAUUUAAAGAUCACAUUUUUAGUGAGAAAGAAUACAUUUUUAUUUUAGAGGAGAGAGAAAAAAACAAAAAAGAAUGGAGGGAAUGGAGAAUAAUAGUAAUGGGUUGUAUCCUAUGAUUAUGAUGCAACCAUCUCUUUCUCAUCAUCAUCAUCAUCAACAUCAUAACAAUAGCAACAAAGUUUGUUGUUGUUCUUCUUCUAAUGGUGUUGUUGGAAGUUACGAUGUUGAUGAUCAUCAACAUCAUCAUCAUCAUCAUGUGAUGGAGAGUAACCAUCAUCAUCAAAAUCAGAAUAUUCAUAAUAAUAAUAAUAAUAAUGGAAGUAACAACAAUGGUAGUGAUGGAAGUAGUAGUUCAGGUGGGAAUAUUAAGGCUAAGAUUAUGUCUCAUCCUCAUUAUCCUCGUCUCUUAUCUGCCUUUGUUAGCUGUCAAAAGGUCGGAGCGCCACCGGAAGUGGUGGCAAGGCUAGAGGAGGCAGAGGCAAUGGUAAUGAAUCAAGGAGGAGGAAGAAGCGGAGGCGGAGGAGGAUAUAUAGGAGAAGAUCCAGCUUUGGAUCAAUUUAUGGAAGCUUAUUGUGAGAUGCUCACAAAAUAUGAGCAAGAAUUAACCAAACCUUUUAAAGAAGCUAUGCUUUUUUUAUCAAGGAUUGAAUGUCAAUUUAAAGCCCUAACUCUUUCCUCUCCUUCAGACUCUCCCUCUUCUGCUUAUGGGGAGAUUCCUGAUCGAAAUGGAUCGUCUGAAGAAGACAUUGACGUGAACAAUAACUUUAUUGAUCCUUCGGAAGAAGACAGGGAAUUGAAAGGCCAACUGCUCCGCAAGUAUAGUGGAUAUUUGGGAAGUCUGAGGCAAGAGUUCUUGAAGAAGAGGAAGAAGGGAAAGCUUCCAAAGGAGGCCAGGCAACAAUUGCUUGAUUGGUGGAGUAGACACUACAAAUGGCCAUAUCCAUCAGAGUCCCAGAAGCUCGCGUUGGCUGAAUCAACAGGAUUGGACCAAAAGCAGAUAAACAAUUGGUUCAUCAACCAAAGGAAAAGGCAUUGGAAGCCAUCGGAGGACAUGCAAUUUGUGGUAAUGGAUGCUGCUGCACACUCCCAUGCUCAUUCUCACUACGGUUACAUGGACAACGUCCUAGGGAACCCUUUUCCCAUGGACGUCUCCCCAACUCUUAUGUAAUGGCCAAAAUCAUGGUCAUCGACAAUUAUAUUAUAUUGUCGCUUCUGAUCUCUGCGUAGUUAAUGGUUAUGUUAUUGAGAGUUUUAUAAUUUAUUGUGCUUAAUUAAACUCGUUCGAUUAUGGAUCCGAACCACUUAGAUGAUAUGAUAUGGCUCAUUAUCAUAUGAUAGUGUACUGCUAGCUGAGUUAGAAUCACGGAGUACUCCUAUUGUUUGAGUAUGUAUUAUUAUUAUGAAUAUAUAUGAUAGAAUCUAGAGAUUAUAUUACAUUAAUUAUUAUGGAGGCAUGCUAGCUUCCUUUUUGAUUA